AGAAACUUGGGAGGACACACAUAAAAAGCAUUGUGGUGGGAUAAGGGAGAGAGAGAGAUGGGACACGUAAUUCGGCUGCUGAUAAACCCUUCUUCUUCUUCUUCUUCGCCCCUUCUCCAUCUCCGACGCCGGACUCUAGACACUAACUCUGUCUUCUCUCUGCGAACCUCGAUUACCAGAAGCAAGGGAAGAUUCACUUGCCUUUUCUCCGGCAACCAGAGAGAGGAGCAAGCUCGUAGAUCAUUGGAAAACGCUCUUGGUGAGAAGAAAAAUGAGUUCGAGAAGUGGGACCAAGAGAUCAAGAAGAGAGAAGAAUCCGGUGGCGGAAAUGGUGGCAAUGGAGGAGGAGGAGGAGGCUGGUUUGGAGGUGGCGGUUGGUUCGGCGGCGGCGAUCAUUUCUGGAAAGAAGCACAACAGAUUACCAUUACCCUCUUAGCAAUACUUCUCGUGUAUAUGGUGGUUGCGAAAGGUGAAGUAAUGGCUGCAUUUGUGUUAAACCCGUUGUUGUAUGCGUUGCGAGGAACACGAGAAGGUCUGACUUCACUAAGCUCAAAACUCAUGGGAGGAAAAGCUUCGAAAGUGAGUGGAGAUAGCUCAGAGGAGAUAUGGAAGAAGGAAGGUUUCGCUGAUGUCUCUGCUAAAGAGAGCGUUGUCCGGAAAUGGGGAAGUGACUGAAACAGAGUUCUCAAAACAUCAAGAUGAGAUCAAAUGCAAUCGAAACCUUUCCAGUUUUUGUAAUGAAAUAUAGGAUAUGUAUUCUUUUGUGGAACAAGAAGAGGAGUAGUAACCCCAUCAUCGUUGAUUAAGCCUUCUUAAACAACAAUCAAGUCUCGGCUAUGUUCUUAUUUGUUAUGUGUAAUCGUACAUCUUAAUCAGUACUAGCGUAGAUCAUGUGCCAUACGCGAAUGUAGAUCAUAUUGGUUUAUGGUCGAUUGCUAUUACAAUUUACAAGCAAGGAAGCAACUGAAGUUACAA